AACUGGAGGAAAUAAUAACGAUAAAUGUGGACCGGAUAAGAUUUGGGUUGAGCCAAAUAAAACAUAUCGUUUGAGAAUCAUUGGCGCUACCACUCUUGAAGAUUUAGUUUUUGGUAUUGCGGGACAUAAUAUGACGAUAAUUGAAGCCGAUGGAACUUACGUGAAUCCGGUGACUACGGAAUUUCUAGAAAUUGCUCCUGGACAACGUUAUUCAGUUCUAAUUACAACAAAUCAAAUACCAAGUGAUUAUCAAAUCACAGCAAAUGUUCUCAUAAGAUCUGACAAACCAAACCGAGUAGCAAACGCCAUCUUAAGUUACACAUUUCCUAAAAAUCAAACGAUACAUACUUUAACUCUUCCAACACAAUUUGCGCUCUCGCAAUCACUGACAACACUUGACAACUACAACCAAUUCAUUCCACCUUUACCCACGAAAUCUGAUCGUACAAUAGUAAUACGAGGUAAUCAGGUUUUGCUUAUAAACGAUGGACGACAAUGGACCGUUAACUCUGUAAGUUUUACGACUCCUCAGUCUGCUGUUCUUCUUGAUUUGUAUUCGGGAAAACGACCGGUCUACACCGAUUAUUCGAAUUUGCCGAAUGGUUAUAAUGCGUCUAUUGGAACUUAUCCGUUACGUUAUAAAGAAACAAUUGAUCUCGUCUUUCAAAACACUUUUGGACCAGAAGGUAAAUGCGAAUAUCAUCCUUGGCACUUACAUGGCCAUGCUUUCUGGGAAAUCGUUGAAGGACCAGGAGAAUUUCCAUUUUCCAAUACAUCAUCUUUCACGUAUCCUAAUGGAAAAAAUAGUACACCAAUAUAUAGAGAUACUACCUUGGUCUAUCCCAGUCCAAUGUUUGGUACGCCUUCACAAGGAUGUGGAUGGAAAGUUGUUCGCUUUAUUGCAGAUAAUCCUGGUGUCUGGGUUGCUCAUUGUCAUAUUGUGCCACAUAUGCUAAUGGGAAUGAUGGUGGCUUUUGAGGAAGCUACAGCCUUUUUGAAUGAUACUACUGCACCUCCAACCGAAAAACAAUUUUGCUUAGUGCAUUAG